AUGAAACGAGAACACGUGUUAAAUUGUAACUUUUCAGCGUGGUACCCAAAGUUUAAAAAUAUCACCAUUAGAAGCCGGGUAAUUCCACUUCCUAAAGAGUUCGUUGAUUAUCUGAAAGCUGAUAAUGUGGUCUUACCCGGAGAACCUGUGUCAGCAGUAUCUGGGGCGGAAGCUGAGAGUGAUUCAGAAGAAUGGCUGUCUUUGGAUGAAGAUCCAAACGAACAAGCAAUCAGUGCUCCGGAGUUCAAUGAGGUGGAUUCUGCAAUCAGAGAAGCUAUUGUUGAUUUGGAAGGCACUGUUUUUCCCAAAUUGAAUUGGAGUUCCCCUCUAGAUGCGUCCUGGAUCUCAUUUGAUGGCACACUGAAAUGCCAAUCUCCAAAUGAUAUUUAUCUUCUGCUCAAAAGCUCUGACAAAAUUUCUAACAUCCUUUUUGACUCUUUCAAACAUUGUGAUGAUGGAGAAGGUGAAAUGACUGAUGGUUUUGAGCUGGUACUUCGCAAAUGGAAGGAUAUAAAUCCAGGGAUAGAAUUCAGAUGCUUUGUCAAGGACAACAACCUGGUUGCAAUAUCCCAAAGAGACACAGCAAGUUGCUAUGACUUUAUUGCACAAAAUGAGACAGACAUUUGCAGUGAUAUAGCAAACUUUUUUAGAAAGAAAGUAGCUUACAAAUUUCCUGACAGUUCUGUUACAUUUGAUGUCUACCGGUAUUCACCACAGAAAAUUUUGCUAGUUGACUUUAAUCCUUUUGGCGCACAAACAGACCCUCUACUUUUCACAUGGGAGGAACUCAAAGACCCUGCCCUUUGCAUCACUUAUAAUGAUGAUAAGUUUCAUGGUGUUUUCAAGUAUGUAACAAGUGAUGGAGGGGUGCAGCCCAAUCCUUCUCACUUCAGCAGAAUGCCGUCAGAUAUCAAUGAUUUAGCUUGCGGCAAUGAUGUCAACAAGUUAGUUGAUCUUCUAAAUGUGAGAAAUUUGAUAAGGCAACCUGGAGAGGAAUCUGAUGAUGACUAG